AAUGGCGGCCAUUUUUCCUCCAAAUUUGGGGCUGAGAAAAUUGCGCCCUAAAACUCCCUCAACUCCUCCCUUACAAAUCCUUCUUUUCCAAUCCAUUCUUAAUUUUACCCUCCCGCUCUCCAUUUUUGAGCUAAUGGACGCCAUCUCCACCUCCUGGCCACCUUGAAUUCCACCCUCAAUUUGUUCUGAAGCUUUUCUAGGGUAUUCCAAAUCUCUGAUUGUCCAACUACUUUCACCCCGCGGAAUUGGAUACCCUAGAACUGUCUGCUCUUCGUUUUCGUCUGACGACCUUAUGAUCGACCGUUGCAGGUAGCCAAAAUAGGAGCCUGCCAUAGUGGUCAAAUGGGGUUUAAAUUUUCAAAGCCGAGUCAGGGGAAGAUGGACCACCUAAGUCUGCAACACCACCUCAUAAAUUAUCUAUCAAAAAGCUUUUACAUCCGUAACUUGGUAUCCAAGAAAAGGAGGCGCAUGCUUGUUGCGGGUUAUGAUCUUGACAUGUCAUACAUCACAGAUCAUGUAUUGGCGAUGUCGUUCCCUGCAGAACGUAUGCGUGCAAUGUAUCGUAAUCCGCUAUGGCAGGUUAAGUCCGUAUUGGACAUGAGGCAUCAAGGACAUUACAAGAUCUAUAAUCUCUGUAUUGAAGAAUCAUAUGAUCCAACACAUUUUCAUGGCCGUGUGGAGUCAUUUCCUUUUGAUGAUAAUCAUGUCCCACAUCUAGAGAUGAUCAAACUUUUCUGUGAAAAUGUUUCUUCAUGGCUCUCGUCCCACCCAAAGAAUAUUGCUGUCGUACAUUGCAUGGCUGGAAAAGGUCGAACGGGAUUGAUGGUAUGUGCCUACUUAGUUUACUGUGGCACGUCAGUGGAGGAUGCACUUCAGUUGUAUGCUCAGAGGCGGACAACCAAUAAUGAAGGGGUAUCAAUUCCAAGCCAACGACGGUAUGUGGGCUACUGGGGAAAGUGUCUUUCUUUUCCCAAGGGGGUUCAUAAUGGACCUCCAGAGGUGAAUUUGCCCGAACCAUGUCGGAGAGAGUUGCAGAGAAUACGUCUUUAUGACACAGUUAACACCGAGUCAAUUUUCUUCGUGGUCUCAGAAUUGCAGGAGGUUCCUUCUCAGUUAUACCGUCCAUCUAUGGAACUUACCAGGAAUCGUUGCAGACAAUUUAAAAGAGGUUAUGAGAGAAGUAACAGUCCUCGUUAUUUUCUAUCUUUUGUUGAAGGUGAUAAUGAAGGGAACGAGUCAGAAUUAGAACCCCAUCUUGUUGUUCAAAUGGAUACAGAGUGUUCAGCGCUAUACAAUAAAAACUGCCUUGACUACAAUUUUGAGAACCCACUACCACUAACUGGAGAUGUGCGUAUCAUAUUCUACGCAAAGAUGUUUGGAGGGCGUCUCUUCUAUGCUUGCUUCAACACAGCUUUCAUUAAAAACAGCUUGCUACAGCUGAGGUUGCAGGAUCUGGACAAAGUUGGGAAAAAGGGAAAGUCAAUUUGUGGUCCUUCCUUCUGCUUGGAGUUGGUAUUUGGUCCUGCAAAUGCAAAACACUCAUUUUCGACUUUGUCAGAGAUCGAAGAUCCUAGCAACGAUUUGUCUUAAAAUCUCAAAAUGUAGAACUCUUCUUCUUCUUCUCCUUCUUCUUCUUCUACUACUUCCAGACAGAGAGACAGACAUGGGAGAGAACGGCAUUAAAACACAUUAUCUCCUGUAAUCAAUCAUCUUCUCAGAGAGCAAACAAUCCAUGUUGGAAAUUAUUUUCUGUAUCUAUGAAGAAGGACAUUCUUUUGGUGGAAGGAAAGGCAUUAGGAGGAAUAAACACAAAUUUUGUAUUUUUAGAAUA